CAUUCUCAAAUACUACAGCGCACUUUACAGCGCAAUGACCGUCUCCGAUACAAUGCGCUUGUAUUUCUGUUGGAUGUUAAAAGGAGUGACGGUGGAAUAAGAGGAAAUCAUACCAAUGUUAUCGUAGGAGCUGACAGAAUACCCUCCACUUCCUCCACAGGAUUUCUUUUCUGUUGAAUCCCUAUUCACAAUGCUUUACUUUCAGUUGGUGAUCAUGGCAGGGACUGUCAUGCUGGCAUACUACUUUGAGUAUACAGAUACUUUCAACGUGCACAUCCAGGGAUUUUUCUGUCAUGACAAUGCCUAUACGAAGCCCUAUCUCGGACCAGAGGAGUCCAGUGCGAUCCCACCAGCUAUCCUGUAUGCGGUGGUCGCAGGGGUCCCAGCACUCGUGAUUACAGUGACAGAAUCCGUGCUCUUCUUGCUGCAGUAUGUCUCAGAAGAUCUGGACAAUCGUGAGAAGAUCAUUGUGAUGGGCGACUGUUGUUAUCUCAACCCUCUGGUCCGAAGGACAUUUCGUUUUCUUGGUGUGUACGCAUUUGGCCUCUUUGCCACAGAUAUCUAUGUAAAUGCCGGGCAGGUGGUAACAGGAAAUCUGUCUCCAUACUUCCUGACGGUGUGCAAACCCAACUACACAGCACUGGGGUGCCAACAGGUGGUGCGUUUCAUCAACCAACAGGAAGCCUGCACAGGCAAUGAAGAUGAUAUCUUACAAGCUCGCAAAUCCUUCCCAUCCAAAGAGGCGGCCAUCAGUGUUUAUGCAGCUCUUUACAUUGCUAUGUACAUCACAUGCUCGGUGAAGGCCAAAGGGACACGGCUGGCCAAGCCGGUGCUCUCUCUGGGGCUCAUUUGUCUGGCCUUCCUAACUGGGAUUAAUCGAGUGGUGGAGUACCGCAACCACUGGUCUGAUGUCAUUGCUGGCUUCAUCAUCGGAGGAGCCAUUGCUGUCUUCAUGGUGGUGUGUGUGGUGAAGAAUUUCAAAGGGAAGCCCUUACUAAGUGAGAUACCGCCGGAGGAGUCUGUGUCCAGUGGUCCCAUGAUCACUCAGCCUAGCAUGGAGCACACUAUGGAGAAAUACAUAGCAUCCCAGAAUCCCAUCACCUAUGCUGAGAUCACAUGACAGUGAAAAGCCAUCAAGCCACAAUGCUGUGGAUAAUGUUGCUGCUCUCCAAUGCAUCUUUUUACUUUGUGUGCAAUGCCUAUAUGUGCUAUUUUUUACACUUCCAUUUUUAAGUGUGUCAAAAAAAUAAAUACAAAUCUAUACCUUGAUGUACUCCUUUUAACCCCCUUUUUUGUUAUCCCUACUUUUAUUCAAACAUAUUUCUGUUUGCAUUUUUUUGUGGUUGAAUAUACAGGGUAUGGAGUGAAUGAGAAAAUGCAACAUGAUGUCAUAUGAAAUGUAUAAUGUAUAACAUAUCCUGAUGUACUAUUUACAACUGUGAGUCCAUUGCUGAAUUUACAAGAGGUUUCUGGCUGACAAGAAGAAUUGUUGUUGAUUCUCAUAUCAGGUUCUUCUAUGAUUUGGUCUGAUGCUAGAUUUGUAAUUAUUUUCUGCCUGCCAUAACAUAUCACAUCAACACAACACAUUUUUCAGAGAAGCAGAUUGUUUCAGUGUUGCAUCAGAUGCUAUUCUAUGUAUUUUAAAGCAUGUUUAAAUCCCCAGUAAUGUUUAGUUAUGAUUUGCUAAUUGCUAGAGGAAACAAUUUGAGUAACCAAAUUUUUUGUUCAGUUUUCCAGAAACUUAUAUGAAUAUACUAGCAAAUACAUGGUCUCAAUAUACUAAAAAAAAAACUUUAUUUUUUAUUUCACGGGUCUGAUGUGGGCAUGAGGUUAUAAGCAGAAAUAAUGAUUGAUUUUGGUGUCAUUAUGGCAGAGCAGAUUAUGGAUUUAAUUGUGACUGGCAAUUGAUUACAAGACUCACAAAGAUUAGAUGCUUAGGAUUUUGCCCAAAGAGGCUGCUAGGUGAAGGAUCACUUUUUGUGCUUUAACGUUACAAGUGCGUGUGUAUGUGUGUGUGCUUAUUUGUGAGUCUGCCCUUGAUGUCGCCUCUGUGAGAACGCAGUCUCUGGUGGCCUAGACAAGGCCGUUUAUUUUCUUGUCAGAGCUGGAAUAAUACCUGUACCUGUGAAAGAGAGAGAGCUAGACAUGGAAAGAAAGAGAGGAUGGACCUUCAUUGCAUGGAAAACGGUGUAUCUCAGUCGGUUCACACAGAUAUACGGCAAUAUUUGCAUUUGGAUACUUUUGCGGUUUACAAUCAUGUUUUUCUUGUAUCAUCUAAGGUCUGCAGUGUUUGGUUGAAUUUACAUUCUGUGGAGUGGUAUUUUAAACUAUACUGAGCAUAUGUUUGAUCUCUCACUGGCCAAUGAUGAGAUUUGAUUUUUAAAUUCAUGCUUGAAUACAUUAAAUACCAUGUCUCCUAAUGAUGCAAAUCAUUUAUCCAAUUUAUUUCUCUACUACUCAUGUAGUAGUAGUACUACAGAACAUCAUGAUCCCUUUCAUGACCAGUGUUCGUCACAUUAGUUGAUGCUUUCAUCAUGGAAAGCUUGUGCAUAUAACUUUUUGAGGAGUGUUUGGCUGGCUCACUGAGGGUUUUGUAAAGCACUAUUUGUAAAAUUGUUUUGUGAUUGUGAAAGUGCAAUAUAAAGUGAAUUUAUAAUUAUCCGGAAAGAGCUACUGCAUUACCUGCACACUGGCUUUAAUUCAGGGUUAUUUCUAGUGACAGUUGUGUGUUUUUUUUUUUCACUCAAUAGGGUUGGGAAUAAAUGCACAAUGGUAUAUUUUAAGAAUAUAUACGUUUGAGAUUAUGUUCCAGUCAUGAAAGCAAUGAGGUAACUUAACUCCGCUCUAAGAUUUUGUUUUUCCGAAGAGAUUUUUUUUUUCAACAAGCUUUGCAGUAUAGGUUAUAUCCUUCAUAUUUGGUUUACAAAAGGAUUUGAUGCCCAAAACCCAAAUAGUUAAAGGAAUUUUUCUUUUGAAAAAGAAAGAAAUAUGUUUUAUAAGUAUAUUGUAUGUUGUACAGCAGUAUUACUGAUCUGGUAAUGACCUCAGAGACUGAACUGGAAAGGAAAGCAGAUCUUCCAUGAGCCCAAGAUGUCAAACAGUAAUAAACAAUUUACCCUCA